GCAGCACUUACUUUURCUUGUGCCUCGGUGUUGAACCUAACCCUCAUGGCGCUUAAUCGGUAUUUCAGAGUAGUCAAGACCACAAAAUACCGAUUUCAUUUUACCACUUUUUUUACUGUCUGGUAUAUAGUUUYUGUWUGGGUYRUUUCSUUAAUUGGUUCGUUUUUUUUUUUUCCAACGGGACAYAAAUACAUUUUCCAUCCAGGAAAGUACUUUUGCUACUUGAAUAUCGAUGAUCAUCUUUUCUUGACGUUAGUAGUGACAUUUUACAUUGCUCUGCCCUGCUUAAUCAUAGCGUGCUGUUAUUAUCAAGUGUAUUUGGUCAUAAGAAGGCACAACCAGUCUAUUUUUUUUAACCGAGAAGAUUAUUCGCAGGGMCUUAGCGUCCAAGAAAUAAACAUCACAAAUUUUUUUUUCUUGAUCGUCGUCAUGUUUAUCAUGUGUUGGAUGCCUGUUUUUGCAAUGGAUUUUUUUGAUGUGAUCAGACGAAGAUGGUCUCUUCCAAGACAAGCCUAUGUUGCUUAUAGUUUUUUUGCAGCUACAAGUAGUGCCAUUAACCCUGUUUUGUAUGGAAUCAUGAACCCUAAUUUUUUUAAAGAGUAUUUGAAGACACUAUAUUGCGCCACGAGAUCCGAAACACCGAGAACUUUUUUUAUAAAACCUAAUACUACCUUGUGA